GGUACCACGGCGUCGUGGUGGCGGUAUCGGCCAUCCCCCUAGCGCUGCGCUACCCCGCCCCCGCGGUGCUGCGCCCCUCCCGCCGCGGCUGCUGGCUGCUGGCGGCGGUGGGCGGCGGGCAGUUCCUGGGGCAGCUGCUGCUCAACCGGGGCUUCCAGCUGGAGUCAGCGACCCGCGGGUCGGCCAUCAAUGUGCUGCAGGUGCUGUUCAGCUUCGUGUGGGAUGUGGCAGUGCUGGGGGACAGCCCGGGGCGCAUCAGCAUGGCGGGGUCGGCGCUGGUGGCGGCCGGGGUGCUGGCGGCAGCGCUCUCAGGUUCGUCCCCUGUCGCCGCGUCUCCCCACGCCGCCGCGCCCCACCCGCACCUGCCCGGGGAAGGCUCGCACCAGCAGCACCAGCACCUGAGCGAUGACGAGGCGGCGGAUAACGGAGUUGGGGGAGGCAGUGCUGACGCGGAUGGUGAUGGGGCCGCAAUGCCCGGUGAUGAGGAGGCUCCCGUUCCCCGCCACCACCACCACCACCACCGCUACCAUCACCGCACUCCCUCCUCUCCUUCCUCAUCUGGAGGACGUUUCCUAAUCAGGACCGUGGCGGGAGCGUCACCAACAGCAGUAGCAGCAGCCGGAUCACAGUUAGCAGCAGCUGCAGCAGCAGCUGGGGCAGUGGCUGCUAGCAGUGCGAUACCGGGAACAGCCGCCGCAGCUGCACUCACGAGGGUUGGGUCGCCUGGGGGCGGAGAACCGAGCGGUGCCGGCGGUAACGCUGCG